UCUAUUGCCACAUUGUCACCCCCAGGGAUUUCUGCAGAAUACUAUGACCAAAAUACAGCGUCUAAAACAUAUAGAAACCAGUAAUGAUUUCCAUUUUUUUUCCAGCAAGGAUACAUCAUACAACAUCAUCAUCCUGAUCAGGGUCUACUGUCUAGGUGCAAGGCAUGAAUACAUCCUGUACAGGCUGCCUGUCCUUGCCACUUCACCUUUAGUAGCACAUCUAGGAUCAGUUUAGAGCAGCCUGUGCACAUUCUGCAUGUAUUUUGGAGAAACCACAGUGCCGGAAACUCCGGAGGCCAAGCGCCCCACUGGGCCUGGAGCUGACCAAGUCGUUCUGGUGGAUUCGUCCUCUGAUUCAGAUGUAGAGAUUUCAGGGAGCUCUAUGUUAUCGAUGGGGCCAGGAAAGACUGAGAAGAAUGCGACUCAGAAUUUGAUCCUGCAUUGUGAGGAAGAGGGGGAUGUAACCGAGGUGAAGAUGGAGCAUCAGGAAGACCUGGAGCAGCAGACAGACAGUAAAGCAGAACCGUGGAGGACAUCCGGCAGUGGAGAUACGGUAAGUAAGAGGAGGCAGGAGGAAAUGUGUGACGAUCCCCAGGAGGGCAAGAAGAACAUCAAGAAGAGGCGCGAGUCAGAGACGGACGAUUCGGCAGACGAAGGUCCUGAGCCCACCUGGAAGGAACAGGAGAGCAUGGUGAAGAAACUGCAGCGUAACUUCCCUCAUCUCAACAAGGACGAGCUCAGGGACGUCCUUCACGAACACAGCUGGGUCAUCGAGGACGCCCUCGAGACGCUGCGCAUGUUCUCCGAUCACGUGGUGGAGUGCGAUAAACCCGAAGCCGCUCCUGCUCCCGAACCAGAGACUGUUCCCCCGAGUCCAAAUCUGAGCCCAAAUCCCAGUACCUCCGCACCGCAGCCGGAACCGUUCGCUCCAGUCAACGGGACGAGAGGCACGUCGAAGAGAAGCCGACAGGCGACGACGUACAAAGAGCAGGACAGCAGCUCGGAGGACAACGCCAGCGACUUCGAGGGAUCGUCCAGACCUUUAAUCAUGGACUCCGACUCGGACGAGGUGGACGAGAAGCUGCCCAAGGUCAAAGCCCAGAUCCUGGACUUCUUUCAGAAGGCGACGGCGGACGAGCUGGCGAUGAUCGCCGGCUGCUCCCUGAAAAAAGCUCAGAAGAUCAUCGAACUGAGGCCGUAUCAGACGUGGAGCGACCUGGAUGACGUCUUACACCGAGGUAACGGCCUCUCCACCGAGCUGCUGGCUGGCUGUCGCGAGGUGCUGAGGGAGCGAGAGGUGGUCCAAGGGCUCAUGGUCCGGUGUGAGGAAAUCUCCAAAAAGAUGGCAGCACUGGCGCAGAAGGGUCUGGGCUCCAUGGUUCAGCCGCACAUCCUCAACAGCGCGUUCGAGUUGAAACCGUAUCAGCUGAUCGGCCUCAGCUGGCUGAACCUGCUUCACCGAAACGAGCUCAGUGGGAUCCUCGCUGAUGAGAUGGGUUUGGGAAAAACCAUCCAGGUCAUCUCAUUCCUGGCUAAUCUGUAUCAGGAGGGAAACCGGGGGCCGCACCUCAUCACCGUCCCUUCUUCUACACUCGAUAACUGGGUUCGGGAGCUGAACCUGUGGUGUCCCAGUUUGAAGGUGCUGGUUUACUAUGGUUCUGUCGAGGAACGGAAGUGCAUCCGCUAUGAGAUCCUGAACGAAGAGGUGGACUAUGACAUCAUCGUAUCGACGUACAACCUGACCAUCGGGAACUCGAGUGACCGGAGCCUGUUCCGUAAGCUCAGGCUGGAGUACGCGGUGUUCGAUGAGGGCCACAUGCUGAAGAACAUGAGCUCGCUGCGCUAUCGCCACCUCAUGGCUGUUAAUGCCAAAUACCGUCUGCUGCUGACCGGAACGCCUCUCCAGAACAACCUGCUGGAGCUGAUGUCUCUGCUGAACUUCAUCAUGCCGAACAUGUUCUCCAGCAGCACCUCACAGAUCGCCAAGAUGUUCUCCAUGAAAUCCUCCGAGGAGCAGAGCAGCUUUGAAAAGGACCGGAUCGCUCAUGCCAAGCUCAUCAUGAAACCCUUCAUCCUGCGGCGGGUCAAGAGUGAGGUCCUGAAGCAGCUUCCUGCUAAAGAGGAGCAGACUGAAUUCUGCGCCAUGAGCGAGAAGCAGCAGCAGCUUUACAGCGACCUGUUCAGCAAACUAAAGAGCUCCAGCAGCACGGAGAAACGAGAACUGACCAACGUGAUGAUGCAGCUAAGGAAGAUGGCCAAUCACCCUCUUCUGCACCGGCAGUACUACACCGGCAAGCGACUGUCCACUAUGAGCAAACUCAUGCUCAAGGAGCCGAGUCACCGGGACUCAGAUCCGGCUCUGAUCGAGGAGGACAUGCGAGUCAUGUCGGAUUUUGAGCUGCACCGUCUGUGCCAGCAGUACUCAGCACUUCACCAGCACCAGCUGACCACAGACCAGCUGCUGGACUCUGGGAAGUUUGACCAUCUCGGACGCCUUCUGACCGAGCUCAAAGAAAAGGGUGACCGGGUGGCCCUUUUUAGCCAGUUCACCAUGAUGCUGGACAUCCUAGAGGUGCUGCUCAAACACCACAAGCACAGAUACAUCCGACUAGACGGAUCCACGCCCAUGAGUAACAGAAUCGUUCUGAUCGACCAGUUCAACACGGACCACGACAUCUUCGUGUUCCUGCUGUCCACUAGAGCCGGAGGACUCGGCAUCAACCUCACCUCGGCUAACGUGGUCAUCCUGCACGACAUCGAUUGUAACCCAUACAACGACAAACAGGCCGAGGACCGCUGCCACCGGGUCGGGCAAACCAGGACGGUGAAGGUGAUCAGGCUGAUAAGUAAAGACACUAUAGAGGACGCCAUGCUCCGUAUUGGUCAGAGGAAGCUUAAAUUAGAGCAGGACAUGACCACCACUACUCAGGAAGGUGAAGAGGACACCAUCCCUGAUGAUAUGGCGUCUCUUUUAAAAGCCUCGUUAGGACUCUGAAGCUGGUCAGCGCUGGAACCUCCGUUACUCUGGUGUUUUUUUACAGUGUUCUGGUAGUUUGAAAUAAAAUGCUGUAAUGCAGAAGGAUCUGGUGGAUCUGACUGACCUGGUCAUGUAGAUCAUACCGAUCCGAUACUGCUGAAACAUUCCACCAGUCUACUCCAAGUGUUUGUUACGUUUUCAGUGUACUCUAGUAUUGUAUGUUUCAAUAAAAAAAUAAAAAAACAACAAAA